CUUUCACUGAAGAGCAGCUUUUCAGCAUUUUUGAUAUAGUACCAGGAUUGGAGUAUUGUGAAGUUCAACGAGAUCCUUAUUCAAAUUAUGGUCAUGGAGUGGUUCAGUAUUUUAAUGUAGCAUCAGCUAUUUAUGCAAAGUACAAGUUACAUGGAUUUCAGUACCCUCCUGGGAACCGGAUAGGUGUUUCCUUCAUUGAUGAUGGGAGUAAUGCAACAGAUCUCCUUAGAAAAAUGGCCACACAGAUGGUAGCUGCACAACUUGCCUCAAUGGUGUGGAAUAACCCAAGCCAGCAGCAAUUUCUGCAGCAAUUUGGAGGAAGUUCUGGAUCACAGCUGCCUCAGAUUCAGACAGAUGUUAUACUUCCAUCUUGCAAAAAAAAAGCCGAUCCAGAAACUCCUGUGAAAGAAAGACUCUUUAUUGUGUUUAAUCCUCAUCCUUUACCUCUAGAUGUGUUAGAAGAUAUAUUCUG